AUGGAUGAGGAUACCGUCAACUUCGGCAGCCCUGCCAACGCCGGAACACCAUCCAGCAACCCGCCUGUCGCGGCACCACCUGCAGACGAGCCAUCGACAACUGCCCCCGAAGAUGUUCACAUGGGCGACGGGGAUGCCGCAGACACACAAGAUGCACCCAGCACAACAGAACCAGCCAUCAAGGAGGACAGCGCCACACCCGCCGUAGCAGGCCUUUCCGACAGCGCGCUCAAUGCGCCCGAGGCACCAGCAGCCGCGACGAGCGGCGCCGAGGACGAGGAAAUGGGCGACGCAGCCAACGGCGGCUCGGCAGACGCGACAGCAGCACAAGCGUCGGGCGACGCGGCUGAAGACACCAAGGUUGACGUGACGGCCGGCGACAACGGCACGCCGGCAGCGGCCGCUGACGAGGGUGCGGCGGAGGCAGCGGGCGAGGCGUCGGGCGAGGCGGACGGCGCUGCCGAGGGCGCUGCUGCCGAGGGCGAGGACGGCGCUGCCAGCACCACCAAGUCCAAGGAGACGGUCGAGAACGCGGCGCGCGAGCACCUCAUUACGCAGACGCACGCCAUCAUCCUCCCCAGCUACAGCACCUGGUUCGACAUGAACAAGAUUCACAACAUUGAGCGGAAAGCCCUGCCCGAGUUCUUCAACAGCCGCAACCGCAGCAAGACCCCGCACGUCUACAAGGACUACCGCGAUUUCAUGAUCAACACCUACCGCCUCAACCCCGUCGAGUACCUGACCGUCACCGCCUGCCGUCGCAACCUGGCAGGCGACGUCUGCGCCAUCAUGCGCGUGCACGCCUUCCUCGAGCAGUGGGGCCUCAUCAACUACCAGGUCGACUACGAGCAGCGCCCGUCGCACGUCGGCCCUCCCUUCACCGGCCACUUCAAGAUCAUUGCCGACACGCCGCGCGGUCUGCAGCCAUGGCAGCCUGCUGCCGAUCCCGUCAUCGUCGGUGGCAAGAAGCACGGCGACACCGACGCACGCGCCGCCACGGGCGUUGCGCCCAAGUCGGAGCUGAACCUCGAGGUCGGCCGCAACAUCUACGAGGCCAACGCGCGCGGCGCCAAGGUCUCCGGUGCCAGCGGCACCGCCGCCGCCGCGUCUGCGGCAGCCAAGACGGAGGCCAAGACGAACAACGAGGCGUCGCACACUGCCGGUGCGACGACGAACGGCACACAGAACGGCACCCCCGCACCGGGCGCACCAUCGGCAUCCGCUGCUGCUGCCGCCGCCGCCGAAGAGCUGACCAAGAAGCCGAGUGUCAAGGUCAACUGCCACCUGUGCGGCAUCGACUGCACCCGCAUCUACUACCACAACCCCCAGGCCGAGGGCAACCCGCGCGCCCAGUACGACCUGUGCCCCAGCUGCUACCUCGAAGGCCGCAUGGCGGGCAACCAGACCAGCGCGCAGUAUCUGCGCAUGGAGAACCCCACCUACUCGUCUGUCCUCGACCGCGACGCGCCCUGGAGCGAUGCCGAGCUGGUGCGCCUGCUCGAGGCCAUUGAGCGCUUCGACGACGACUGGGGCCAAGUGGCCGACCACGUCGGCACGCGCACGCGCGAGGAGUGUGUUUUGCAGUUCCUGCAGCUGGACAUUGAGUCCAAGUACCUGGACUCCGAGGUCACGGAGCAGGCCCCCGUGGGCCUGUCGAUCCUGGGCGGCGGCGGCGGCCGUCUGCCCUUCAACCAGGCCGACAACCCUGUCAUGUCGGUUAUUGGUUUCCUGGCCAGCCUGGCGGACCCGGCCAGCACGGCGGCGGCGGCCAACAAGUCGCUGGACGAGCUGAAGCGCGGCCUGCAGAAGAAGCUGGAAGCCGGCGGCGAGGAGGCGGCAUCGGACGACAAGGACAAGGAUAGCAAGGACAAGGCGGCCACGGCCGGUACGGACGACCGCAACGACGAUGCCAUGGAUGUGGACGGCACGCGGUCGACCGACGUGUCCCUGACGACCAAGACGACCACCACCACAACCACCACGACCACGACGACGUUGAGCAGCGCACAGCAGAACCUGGCCAACCUGCCGCUGGCGUCCAUUGGCGCGCGGUCGGGCGGCCUGGCGUCCCACGAGGAGCGCGAGAUGACCCGCCUCGUGUCGGCCGCCGUCAACGUCACCCUGCAGAAGAUGGAGCUCAAGCUCAAGUACUUUAACGAGAUGGAGGCCAUCCUGCAGGCCGAGCGCCGCGAGCUCGAGCGCGCGCGCCAGCAGCUGUUCCUCGACCGCCUGUCGUUCAAGCGCCGCGUGCGCGAGGUCCAGGAAAACCUCAAGACCGCCGCCGCCACCGGCGGCGACCAGGGCCUGCGCCUGGCCCAGGACGCCCUCGUCGACGGCCCGCGCCUGGCUUUCCCGCCGGCCACGCCGGCCGGUGGUGUGCAGCCCCUGAGCGCCACGCCCGGUGCGGCGCGGAGUCUGGAGCUGUAA